CUCUCUUUAGCCUCCGCCGAAUCUUCUUUCCUUUUCUGUCGCUCUCAUCAUUCUAGUACUGGGUUUUCAAUUUUGAUCAAGAAUUGAAAGCUGAUCAAAAUUAUCAGUGGCUUUGAUAUUUGAGGGAUCAUGUUGCCAAUGGAGUUGUCGUCUGUGUAUUUAGGUUGCAGUGUUGCAGCUGGAAUUGCUGGUACCCUUUCUUAAAUUUGACACUGUUCUAAUUCAUUAUUCAUGGAGGUUUUCUUCCAUUAUAUGCUUGACUCUUAGAUUUCUGGUUUCUGGGUACCAGAAUCUUGAAUCCUUUUGAAUGAACUAGUCAGAGGUAAUUAGGUAAAUCCGUAAAUGACGGUGACCUUGAAAUUCUCAAAGAGUACGCGGAAGGUUUACGAAUGGUUGCAGAAACGGUGUAGUUUUAAGUUCUCUUCUUCUGCAUGCAUUUCAAGGGAUCAUCAGAGUUCUUACAUUCGCCAACACUAAUAGAAUUUUCCUGAGGGUAUAAAUGGUUCCGCAAUCCAACAGUCGACUGAGGGUUCAAGAUAGGGUCAGUGAACUACCAGAUGCAGUUUUGUGUCACAUACUUAGUUUCCUUGGACCAGAUUAUGCAAAGUGUGCUGUCAGGACCAGUAUUUUGUCUAAGAGAUGGAAGAACAUGUGGGCCUGUGCUCCCACUGUGAAUUUGAACAGUCGAGAUUUCUCCUCCUCUGCUGAUUUCAUAGCGUUUGCUGAUCGUUUUCUUCUUCUUCGUGACUCAUCAACCAUUCAAAAGUUGUAUCUUCAUUUCAUUCUUUGCUCUGCUGAAGAUUUCUCUCGUGUUGAUGCUUGGAUUCGCACUGCUAUUAGGUGUAACGUGGUGGAGCUUGAUCUUUGUGUCUAUUCAGAUGGAGGUGAGGUGUUUGAGUUGCCCAAAAGCCUUUUCACUUGCAAAACACUCAUGUCUUUGAAGCUGAUGUCUAAUUUUGUUAUCAACAUGCCAACAUCAGUGUGUUUCCCAAGUCUCAAAUUCUUCUACGUUACUGUCCCUACUGAUAAAGACUCCAUGGAUUUUUCUCAUUGCCCUGCGCUGGAACAUUUAACUAUAGAUGGAUAUCAUGGAGAGGAUGGUGUUUAUCUCAACAUCUCUGUGUCUGAACUGAAGACGUUGAAGAUAACUAGUACAGAUAUAUACAGUGUUAACAUCAAUGCCCCAAAACUUGAAAAACUUGAUCUCAAGGAGUCGGUUUUGUCAGAUUAUGACUUGGAGAAUACAAAAUCCCUAGUUGAAGCUAAUAUUUAUCUCUAUCACGAAGAGGAAGAAGGCGACGAAGAGGAUGCUGCUGUCUGUGCAACUAAUCUCUUGGAAGGAAUUUCCGGUGUUAAAUAUCUGUUCCUUUCCUCUCGUAUCUGUGAGAAUUGUUCUGUGCCUGCUUUUGAUAAUUUGAGCAAAUUGACGCUAGCUCUUCAUAGCGGCUGUUAUGGGUGGGGAAUUCUAACGAUGUUGUUGGAGAGAGCAUCAAAUCUAGAAUGUCUUGUGUUGGAACAUGACCAUCAUCAUUAUCCCGCCUAUUGUGAGUCGGUGAUUGAACUUGAAGAUCCUAUUGAAGUUCCCCCUGAAGUAGUUAUAUGGAGUCCACCAGAGUCUGUUCCUAAAUGUGUGUCGUCACACCUCAAGAGUGUCUCCUUAAAGGGAUUCCAGGGAAAGCAUUUCUGGGGACAUGUAGAUGAAAUGGAAGUGCUCAAGUAUUUACUAGAGAAUGGUCAAGUUUUGAAGGAGAUGACUAUUUACACUGAGUUUCUAGAACAGGAGUUGUACGGUGAACUUUCAAGGUUUGAAUGGGGUUCAGAGACUUGUCAAGUUGAGAUUAUCAACUAAGGAUCUUAGGUUUUAGAAGCAGUUUGUUUGAAGGUCAAAUUCCACAUUUUAAAAGGGUUUUGUUUUGUUACAAGUCUGUAUAAGCAUCAAUUUCUUGAUGACGCAAUGGUAAAGAUGACACUGCUACUUGUUUUGAAGUUGAUGUUUUUGAUGGAUUCUGUUAGCUAAGCAAUAGGAAUCUGUUUGCAGUAUUUUAUCUUGCUUAGUGUCUGUUUCUUCUCGAUUUUGUUUUAAAAUGAAAGUUCAUAAGAUAGUAAAGACUCGUUUCAUUC